GAGACUGGAGAGCUUGAGCUGUUUAUGGAAAACUCUAGAAGUUUCCACAAGGUUUAUAAAGACAAUACCCGGGACCCAGCGGUCUCAGAAGCGACAGAGCUCUGACUGAGGACGGACUACAAACAACUGUAACGUUUACUUAACAGGCCACUGGAUGGUCAAAAUGGGUAAAGACUACUACGACAUUUUGGGAAUUAAAAAGGGAGCGUCGGAGGACGAUAUAAAGAAAGCUUAUCGUAAGCAGGCUCUGCGCUUUCAUCCGGACAAAAACAAGGCGCCAAAUGCCGAGGACAAAUUCAAAGAAAUCGCCGAAGCUUACGACGUUUUGAGCGACCCAAAGAAAAAGGACAUUUAUGAUCGUUUUGGUGAAGAAGGUCUGAAAGGCGGAGGAGCACCAGCUCCUGGUGGUGGUGGUGGUGGUGGUUGUGCUGGGCCUGGCAACUUCAGCUACUCCUUCCAGGGCGACCCCCAUGUAAUUUUUUCAGAUUUCUUCGGUGGACGUAACCCCUUCGAUCAGUUCUUUGGUGCCCGCAAUGGAGGCCCAGAUGAGGACAUGGACACUGAAGACCCUUUUGCCCGCUUCGGGGCGGGGGGCGGAGGGAUGGGCGGGUUCCCUCGCUCCUUCAGCUCUGGCAUGGGAGGGAUGGGACCUCACAGUAGCAUUGUAAAGAAGCCUCAGGACCCCCCCGUGGUUCACGAUCUCUGGGUUGCGAUGGAGGAUGUUUUGUCAGGUUGCACAAAGAAAAUGAAGAUCUCCCGUAAAAGGCUGAACCCAGACGGGCGAACAGUAAGGAAAGAGGAUAAAAUCCUGGAGGUGCAGAUAAAGAAGGGGUGGAAAGAGGGCACUAAAAUCACAUUUCCCAAAGAGGGGGACCAGACCCCCAGAAACAUUCCAGCCGAUGUGGUUUUCGUGGUCAAGGACAAGGCCCAUCGGGUAUUCAAACGUGAGGGCUCGGACAUCGUUUAUACAGCAAAGAUUUCACUAAGAGAUGCCUUGUGUGGCUGCACAGUCAACGCACCCACACUGGACGGCAGAACGGUGACCGUGUCAACAACAGAUAUUGUGCAGCAAGGGAUGAAGAGACGCGUGAGCGGCGAGGGGCUGCCUUAUCCCAAACGCCCCGACCGUCGAGGCGACCUGUUAGUAGAGUACGAGGUCAAGUUCCCAGAAAGGCUCAGCCAGAGCGCCCGGGACACCAUCGCUCAGGUCCUCCCACAAUCCUAAACCACACCAACGGACAUCUGGGACUUUAGGAUUAUCACACUAAGCUGCCAACUAUUUUGUCAGUCAGUCAGUCAUUCAUGCGGCGUUACAAAUCACUUCACAAAAGUAAAGACAGACUUGUGAGACACAUUUGUGAACGCUGUCAAACAUAGUAUGAGAAACCACCUUCGGAAAAUGCUAAUCAUAAAUGACUGCAGCAUUUCAAACGAUAUCAUGUAAAUAUGACCAAUAUUGUUUGCUGUUUGGUUUACUGAAUAAGAUGAUAUUUUGAUGAAAGAACAAACAUUAUAACAUGUACAGUAUAUGAGGACAGUUCUGUUUAAAUAGUUUUGUUGGUAUCAAAGGUUCUCCACUGGAAAAAUGUUGUAUGAAAUUGCAACAUAAAGAUUGAAUUGUUUUUAUAAAGUCAACCCAUGUAAAGUUGAUAAUAAAAUAAAACGUUGUCUGGCCUGAGAAACCUUCACUUCAU